GGCCCCCGUGAUCAGUUGCUGUCUGAAAUAGAGGUCACCCUCACUCUGUUCAGUUAGGUGAGAGAGUUGGUGUCUAGCAGAUCAAGAGUCAUCAAAAUGUCUGAUCCCAUUAAAGUUUUGGUAACUGGCGCUGCUGGCCAGAUCGCCUAUUCCCUUCUGUACAGCAUCGCUAAGGGAGAUGUCUUCGGCAAAGAUCAGCCGCUUGUUCUUGUUCUGCUGGAUAUCACCCCUAUGCUGCCAGUCCUGGACGGCGUGGUGAUGGAGCUGCAGGACUGUGCCCUCCCACUGCUGAGAGAGGUCAUCCCAACUGACAAGGAGGAGGUGGCUUUCAAGGAUCUUGACGCAGCCAUACUGGUAGGCUCCAUGCCAAGAAAAGAAGGCAUGGAGAGGAAGGAUCUGCUGAAGGCCAAUGUGAACAUUUUCAAGUCCCAGGGUGCCGCUCUGGAUAAAUAUGCCAAGAAGACCGUCAAGGUAUUGGUUGUGGGAAACCCUGCAAACACCAACUGCCUGAUUGCCUCCAAGUCAGCUCCUUCUAUUCCCAAGGAGAACUUCUCCUGCCUGACCCGUCUGGAUCACAACAGGGCCAGGUCACAGGUGGCGAUUCGUGUGGGAGUCCCAGCUGACAAUGUGAAGAAUGUUAUCAUCUGGGGUAACCACUCAUCCACCCAAUACCCUGAUGUGCAUCACACUAAGGUCAAAGUUCAUGGCAAGGAGAUCGGGGCCUAUGAAGCCGUGAAGGAUGACAGUUGGCUCAAGGGAGAUUUCAUUUCUACGGUGCAACAGCGCGGGGCUGCUGUAAUCAAGGCCCGCAAACUGUCCAGCGCCAUGUCUGCCGCCAAGGCUAUCUGUGACCACAUGAGAGACAUCUGGUUUGGCACUCCUGAGGGUGAGUUCACUUCUAUGGGAGUGUACUCUUCUGGAAACUCCUAUGGUGUUCCAGAUGAUCUCAUCUACUCCUUCCCCGUCGUCAUCAAGGGCAAGAGCUGGAAGAUUGUGGAUGGCCUUGAAAUCAAUGACUUCUCCCGUGGGAAGAUGAAUGCCACUGCGGCAGAGCUGGUGGAGGAGAGGGACACAGCCGUCACUUUCCUGGGAGUCUGACUAGGGCAGGACCCAGCAGCAACGCAGCACUUAGAAACCCAGAACCUUCCCUCUCGUCUGUAACUCCAGCAGCUCGGUGUCAUUUGUGCAGCUUUAACGGGCCUUGCCGGAAGAAACUGGGGAUGUCAUUGUAACGCACUUGUCCUUGUAUCGGUGAUAUAAAAAUACCACAAUAAAAACCAUGUAAAGUGUC